AUGAAGUGUUCUCCAGGCUUCGUGACUGUGGUACUCUUAAUGCUUGAACAAACUCGUGGGGACUCAGUGACUCAGACAGAAGGCCAAGUGACCCUCUUAGAAAAGGCUUCCCUGACUAUGAACUGCACUUAUUCAGCAUCAGGGUCCCUUACUCUUUUCUGGUAUGUCCAGUAUCCCGGUGAAAGUCUACAGCUCCUCCUGAAAGCCUUGAGGGGCAAGGAGAAGGGAAGCAACAAAGGAUUUGAAGCCACGUUUGACAGCAAAUCAAAAUCCUUCCACUUGGAGAAAGGCUCAGUGCAAGCCUCAGAUUCAGCUGUGUACUACUGUGCCCUGAGUGACACAGUGACAGGGACUGUAGGGGGAGCUCAGCACAAACUCAGAAACAGAAGGGUGAGAGGGAUGAAUGUGGAGCAGAGCCCUUCAGCCCUGAGCCUCCAGGAGGGAGCCAGCUAUACUCUGCAGUGCAAUUUUUCUAGCAGUUCAUACAGUGUGAUGUGGUUCCGACAGCACCCCGGGGGCAGCGGCCUCACCAGACUGUUUUACAUAACUUCAGGGAUGCAGCACAGUGGGUUCAGCCAGGGAGAGAAUGUGGAGCAGCAUCCUUCUACCCUGAGUGUCCAGGAGCGAAGCAGCUCUGUUAUCAACUGCAGUUAUUCAGACAGUCAUUCAGAAUACUUCCCUUGGUAUGAGCAAGAACUUUGA